AUGGAUGAAGAUGAAAACAAACAUAUAGGGCUUGAACUUGAAGGCGAGCACGAUGAUCAACUAUCUACGGCAUCCGAGCAUGAGGAGAAUGUUGAUGGCCCUAUUGGUGUCGAAAAUAGCGAAGGCAAUCUUGUUGUUGAUCCAUAUAUCGGAAUGGAGUUCUCUACUCAUGAGGAAGGUUAUAAUUUUUACAAUGCAUAUGCCAGACUUAAGGGAUUUGGUAUUCGCAAGGGUCAUACAGCACGGUCGAGAAAGAAAGAUGCAAUCAUAUCUAGAACUUUUGUAUGUGACAAAGAAGGCUUUAAAUUUUUAAAAGAUAAAAGAGAAGAUGGUCGGAAUGUAAUUCGAAAGUCUGAUACAAGAUGUGGAUGCAACGCAAGGAUGGUUAUUGGACUUGAUAGAAGUACUGGAAAAUGGGUGGUGCGAAGUUUAAACGUUAAUCAUAAUGGUCAUCUGUUAACCACCCCAAAUCGGGUAAAGAAACACUACUCGCAUCGGACAUUUCAUCGAUCUCGAGCGACAAAAAGGUUGAUAGAUACUCUUGACAGUCAAGGUUUACGACCUUCUACCAUUUGUAAGGUUUUAGACGUUGCUCAUGCAAAUGAACAAGGCUCUCUCACACCACAAGAAUGCCAAGGUCAUCUAAGAAUUAAACGAAGAAACAAUGUCGGACAUGAAUGUGUGAACAUAGUUCGUCAAUUUCAAGAGAAAAAGGUAUCUGAUCCUCAAUUUUACUUUGCACUAGAUUUAGAAAAUGAUGGGACGAUGAGAAGUGUUUUUUGGAUGGAUGGUAGGGCAAGGACUUCUUACUUGCAAUUUGGAGACGUUGUUUGUUUUGAUGUUACAUAUAGAACAAACAAUUUAAAAUUGCCGUUUGCACCAUUUACGGGUGUUAACCAUCACCGACAAUCUACUCUAUUUGGGUGUGCACUAUUGGCCGAUGAAAUGGAGGAGACCUUUAUAUGGUUAUUUAGCCAAUGGCUGAAAUGUAUGUCGGGUAUAGCACCAUUAACAAUCAUCACUGAUCAAGAUAAAGCUAUUUGUGGUGCAAUUCACAAAGUUUUUCCUCAAACUCGACAUCGCUAUUGUUCUUGGCACCUUCAUAGGAAUGCAUUACAAAAUUUUCAAUCAAUGCGUUAUGAUUUUGGUGAUGAAGUUUCUGUAAAGUAUUACAAAUGGUAUUGGAGUAAAUCAGAAGAAAAAUUUGAAAAGCGCUGGAAAGAAAUGAGGGAUAAAUAUGGUGCAGAUAAAAGGAGCUGGAAUGACAUCUACUCAGCGGAGUGA